AUGACCACUGAAAAAAAUACACACCAGUUCCCACCGCCUACAACCGACACCUACAAGAAGUCACAGCCGCACGAGCAAGCCCAAUUGAGCGCGACAACGGCGACUGCACAUUGCAGGUCGAUAACCGGGAUUGGAUCUAUGAACGCUCCAGAUAGCAAUCGAGUAGAUGAUCCAACCAAGAUGAAAGAUUUCGAUCUUAGCAGUCACCUCGUUCUCACAUACGGUAUCCAUUUGAGCCGUUGGUGGUAA